GAUGGGUGCCAGGUAUGGGCCGUGGGGGGAGGAGUGGCCUCCUGGGUGCCCUGGCACCCUGACCUGGCACUGCCCAUCUGCAGCCCUGAGGCCGAGCGUGCGCGGAACCGGCAGGCCCGGCCCACAGCCCCCAUGGAGGGUGCCAUGCAGCUGCUGAGCCGCGAGGGCCAUACAGUGUCUCACAACUCCAAGCGGCACUACCACGAUGCCUUUGUGGCCAUGAGCCGCAUGCGGCAGCGUGGCCUCCUGUGUGACAUCGUUUUGCAUGUGGCCGCCAAGGAGAUCCGAGCACACAAGGUGGUACUGGCCUCCUGCAGCCCCUACUUCCACGCCAUGUUCACAAAUGAGAUGAGCGAGAGCCGGCAGACCCAUGUGACAUUGCACGACAUUGACCCUCAGGCCUUGGACCAGUUGGUGCAGUUUGCCUACACUGCUGAGAUCGUGGUGGGCGAAGGCAACGUGCAGACUCUGCUCCCAGCUGCCAGCCUUCUGCAACUGAACGGUGUCCGAGACGCCUGCUGCAAGUUUCUGCUGAGUCAGCUUGACCCCUCCAACUGUCUGGGCAUCCGGGGCUUUGCUGACACGCACUCGUGUAGCGACUUGCUCAAGGCAGCGCACAGGUAUGUGCUGCAGCACUUCGUGGAUGUGGCCAAGACCGAGGAGUUCAUGCUGUUGCCACUGAAGCAGGUGCUGGAACUGGUCUCUAGUGACAGCCUGAACGUGCCUUCAGAGGAGGAUGUCUAUCGUGCCGUCCUGAGCUGGGUGAAGCACGAUGUGGAUGCUCGGAGGCAGCACGUCCCACGGCUGAUGAAGUGUGUGCGUCUGCCCUUGCUGAGCCGGGACUUCCUGCUGGGCCAUGUGGAUGCUGAGAGCCUGGUGAGGCACCACCCUGACUGCAAGGACCUGCUCAUCGAGGCCCUCAAGUUCCACCUGCUGCCGGAGCAGAGAGGUGUCCUAGGCACAAGCCGCACUCGGCCCCGACGCUGUGAGGGUGCGGGCCCUGUGCUCUUCGCUGUGGGUGGUGGGAGCCUUUUUGCCAUCCAUGGGGACUGUGAAGCCUACGACACACGCACUGACCGCUGGCACGUGGUGGCCUCCAUGUCCACACGCCGAGCCCGGGUGGGUGUGGCAGCAGUUGGGAACCGGUUGUACGCAGUGGGCGGUUACGAUGGAACUUCAGAUCUGGCCACCGUAGAGUCUUACGACCCUGUGACCAAUACCUGGCAGCCCGAGGUGUCAAUGGGCACGAGGCGCAGCUGCCUGGGUGUGGCUGCCCUGCAUGGGCUCCUGUAUGCAGCCGGUGGCUACGAUGGAGCCUCCUGCCUCAACAGUGCCGAGCGCUAUGACCCCCUGACAGGAACAUGGACGUCCAUCGCUGCCAUGAGCACCCGCAGGCGAUAUGUUCGAGUUGCUAUGCUUGAUGGCAACCUAUAUGCAGUGGGCGGUUAUGACAGCUCAUCACACCUGGCCACUGUGGAGAAGUAUGAGCCCCAGGCGAACACGUGGGCGCCGGUGGCCUCCAUGCUGAGCCGGCGCAGCUCAGCCGGCGUGGCGGUGCUGGAGGGGGCUCUGUACGUGGCCGGCGGCAAUGAUGGUACCAGCUGCCUCAACUCAGUGGAGAGAUACAGCCCCAAGGCCGGUGCCUGGGAGAGUGUGGCACCCAUGAACAUCCGAAGGAGCACCCAUGACCUGGUGGCCAUGGAUGGAUGGCUGUAUGCUGUGGGGGGCAACGACGGCAGCUCGAGCCUCAACUCCAUCGAGAAGUACAACCCGAGGACCAACAAGUGGGUGGCUGCAUCCUGCAUGUUCACGCGGCGUAGCAGCGUGGGCGUGGCAGUGCUGGAGCUGCUCAACUUCCCCCCACCAUCCUCGCCCACGCUGUCCGUGUCGUCCACCAGCCUCUGACCCACGGCGGGACUGUGCAGAGGCUUGGCCCUGCAGCCUCCCACAUGCCUUAAGCCCCAGGGGGGCCCAGCGCCUCCCUGCCCUCGACCGUGUGUCAGGGUUGGGUCCCCUGGCCCCCACCAGGACGUCCUGUGCCGUCUGUCCGCUGUCUGUGUCCAUGCCGCAGGGCUCAUGUGUGUGCCAUUUAUUUAGUUUGUUUAUUUAUUCAGUAUUUAUUCAUGAGCAGUGCUGCAGCUGCCACUUCAGAAGUUUGCUCUGGAAGUUUCUUGUGUCUCUGGGACCAAGCUGCCAUCCCGGGUGUCUUCCCGCCCUGCUGGGGGCACCAGCGAGUGAUGGUGGACACUCAUGGGCGUGUGGGUCAGGGCCAGCUCAGACUCUGCAGACCUGGAGGGACCAAGGGGUAGAUGCAGAGCAGCCUGCCAGGGUGGGUGGGGGCGGCCUUCUAAGCAGGUGCAGGCCCCCCCAGCCUUCACUUUGCACAAUGCCCUUGCCUAGCGAGGCGGGCGCACUCCCAGGGAGGCAUGAAGGGGGCUUCCUGCCUGUGGACAAGGUGUCUUCUGGAUCCUGCACUGAGCUGGGCGCACACACGUGCCACAGAUCCCUCACAGCAAUAUGAGCCGACUUGAACAAUAAACAUAUUUCUUGGGCUCUGGGCCCGAGUCCAAGCGUGCA